AUGGAGAUUGAAGAGCACGCGCCUGGGUACAGGGUGGUAGGAGCUUUCGCGCCGGUACUGAAGGACUGGGUGUCUAGAGUGGGUUGCGAGGUUACUUAUAAAAUUACUCAAAUCCUAACGGGCCAUGGUUCAUUCGCUGUAUAUUUAUGGGAGAUAGGGAAGCUUUCCUCUCCCGCGUGCGGGUUUUGCGAUGGGAGAGACGAAGAUGACGCGAUCCAUACAUUGGAGGAGUGUCCGCAAUGGGAGGAACAGAGACGGUUGCUCGGUGAGUCGGUGGAAGGCGGGAUUACUCUGGGAAAUAUAUUUGGAAGAGCUAUGGAGUCUAUAGAUGGUUGGAAAGCAUUUUCUAAAUUUUGUGAAACGGUAAUUGGAGCCAAGGAGACUAGAGAGAGGGAGGAGGAGGCCCUCAGAAGGGCCAGGAGUAGAUUUGAUAGAAGACCUGGAAGUGGAAGUAGAGGGAGAGAUUAA